UUACCGCUGCCUUCCGAAGCAGACGAAUCGAGGCCGCUCGUGCUACCAGACGCGCAAGUGUAGCAAUGCCUGCUGGUCGUUCCUGCCAACGUGCUUUGAGAUGAUCGCCGUCGCCAAGCGACAGUUCGUGUGAAAACGCGCGUUAUGUGUGCACCCCCGUCGACAGACGUCACGUUAACUUUGGCCACGCUUAACGUCACCAGCGGAGGAUUUGGGCGGUGAUUUCGGGCUGCGGUGUCGUCCGCGACAGGUGUGCUUGUUUUUGUGUGCUGGAGUGUCUGCUUGUUAUUCAGCGCGACGAGGAAGAUGAGUGGUCAAAGGAUUGCUCCCUUGCUGCCGCUCUUGGUGGUAGGAUUGCUCAACGGCGGGAUUUCCGUGCGGGGCCAGCUGAAAGAUGUGGAGGGUUCGGAGUUCACGCCAACAGUUACUGCCAACUGCGACAAGGGUUUCAUGGUGAUCUCUGUGCUGACGGACGAGCCGUUCCACGGUAUCGUUCACACGAGGGAUACGAGUGACCCUCGUGGGCCCAAGGAGUUGAGGAGGGAUCCAUGCAUCGUGUACGGCUCCGGAGAACGAAAUACGUCGCUUAGGCUUAGUCUUUUUCCCGGCCCAGAAGACGCGCUCUACUGCGGCGUCAGGAGAAAGGACGGGAGCGAAGAAAGGUCAGUGGCCAUCUCCAUCCGGGUACACAAGGCGUUGGAGCUGUCCGAUGACAAGUCGUACGUCAUCACAUGCGGCAAGAACAAUUUCAGGAACGGAAGGAAUGAGCAUUACCGGGUCAACCUGAAAUUCAUUGAGUCACAGAAACGUGUGCACGAGCUCGUCGUUGGCCACCAGUACAUCCUGCGGGCGGGAGUUACCGGUACCGGAGAAAUCGAAGGAAUGCGCGUCAAGUCCUGCUUCAGCUUCGCACAAAAUACUUCUGAGGUUGAGCUGAUCGACAUCAAUGGGUGUCCGAAGACGACGUUUCUCUCGGAAUUCAAGUACAACAAGAGCGCGGACUCUGCGGACGCCGUCGUCACUUCAACAUUCCGAUUCCCCGGAAGCAAUAAGAUCAACGUCCAAUGCAACAUUGUCAUAUGCCAGACUUCUACCUGUGCUCCGACGAACUGUCCUGGUACCUCGGAGAGAUUAACGAAAGGACCUAUUCAAUCGAGUAAAGUUUCGGACGAUGCUGUUCAACUAUUGGCGUCAACGGAAGUAUUCGUUGUUGAACCCGGUGAAAGUUCCAUUGCUUCCCCAAUCCGUGAGUGCACGGAGUGGCGAUUCCCGUGGCUGAUAGGGCUGUGCAUCUGCUUGGCCAUUCUGCUGCUCGUCAUGCUCAUCGUCAACAUAUUCCUCUGCUCGUCGCUCACCUGUACCUGCACUAAAACAGAGGUGGAAGAGAAGGAGCCCUCGGAGAUUGAAGACUACGACCCAUACAAGGUCGGAUGGGCCCCUAGCUCCCAGUACGGGUCCAGGAUAUCCCUGAACAAGCCCGGCUACACAUCCGGUGGCUCGACGCUCAACUCUGCCCGCUCUGUGAGCAAUGGCAGUGACCACUAUACAACGGUGCACUCGAGGCCCACAAGCCGCUACUCGCACCAUUCAAGCAAGGAGCCGUUGCACAGAGGUCCUGGAUCGCAGUUGUCCAACGGACAUAGCCACUACAACUCCAGGAUCUAGUGGACACACCUUGUGGGACUAACGUAGUUGGGUUGCGUACCAAAGAUGCGGCACCGGGGCCGGGUUCAUGGGUUGUGAUUCACGUUGAACGUCGAGCAGCGACAACAGGUCCGCAGAAUGUUCCAGGUGGUGUGCGCGCAGAAUACGUGAUCUUCUAUAACGGACACCAUUGAGGACAGCAGAACUACAUGUCGCACUUCCUCAGCAUAGUGCCUAUGGUAUGUCGGCAGGUCUUGCCUGGUCAUUGUUGUUUUGCAGCUGGGCGAAUGUACGGUCCUUUAUUGCCGCCGCCACUUCAGAUCAGUGCCUUGUAGCCAGCACUAGUUGCUGAAUGUCCGCAAUUUCAGUGUCAGUAUAGCUAAUACUGCGAGCUGGGCACCUUUCUAACCACAGCAGUCAGAACCUGCGUACCGCAUGCGAUGCUGAAUAUGAUAUUUAUGUUUGUCCCCUUUCUCCGACGAGAUUGUUCACUGUGGUAGAGAUGGCUCACACUUUUGCAGUUGAUCGAAUUUACUUAUAUCAAAGCAUACCCACUCAUGAAAGUGAAUCUCCAGUCACCAUGGUCACUGUUCAAAGCACGUGUAAUGGCAUCAAAAUGAAAUUUCACUAUUUCGUAUUUGUGUCCAGUGGUCAGCACUAGCCAAAGUGGAAGUGCUUAUCUUGCAUGAUGAUUUUCUCUGUCCCGUUUCCAGUGCUAGUUCAUGCAAGAUCAAUACGAACAUGUCCGGUUUUUUUACUUUGAAGUGCUUAUCGUCACAUGUAGGGAAUAUACCUGUGGGGGUAGUCCGCUUUACACUUAUUCCAACUUCAACGUACGUGCUGGGGAACAACACCUGAUGGGGGGGGGGGGGGGCUCGGCGAUUAGAUUAAGAUCUCCCACUCACUUUGAACGUGGAGGAACAGAACAUUUUGAGGACAACCACUGGCGAUAGCACUCCAAGGUUCCAUAUAUGCUCAGCUCACGUCCCACGUGCGCACGAAGACCAGCACGAGUGGCCUGAUGGAGCCUGAUGACCUGAUGGAGCAUGGACCAUGGCCCGCCUGCAGAGCUCAAAGCGGCACCCAACUGUAUAGGAUGGAGCGGGAACCUAUGUUGCAGCUAAUUUCCAAGACCAGCAAAACGAACUGCUUCUGUUCGUUCCGUGUGUGUGUUGUCUUGUACUGCUACCUGAUGGGACAAGUCGCAGUGCUUGACCACAUCGUGUAUUGUCAUGAUGGAGAUGAGUCACGAAAAAAAGUUAGCUGUUCGUAUUGCCAUCUGUAGGAUGGGACAAGCGCCAUGCUUGCACACACCACAUUUCAGAAAUGGUACUGUCUUCGCCCUAAAAGUGAAGAGCAGGCAUUCGCAUCAUCGUCGCCCUCCCCUGCGAAACAGCAAAAGUUGGUUGUAUUGCUAUCUUUAGGGUGGGACAAGCGCAAUGCCUGCUCACAUCGCAUCUCAUCUCGAAAAUAGUACUCCCUGCUCUUUCGGCCUUAUUGGACGAGACGCAUGUCUUAUCAGGUGUGUGUAUUGUCAUGAAGUAGGAGAACUGCCCAUGGAGGUAGUCCCUUUCACACAGACGGAAACUCUAUUACACACCAGAUAACAACGCGCCCAAUGGGAAAUUGCAUUUGUCAGGUGUGUAUUGUCAUAAAAGUUUGUCAGUUUGCUUUUGUCAGGAGUUUAUUGUCAGGAAAACGUACAUUGUAUCGGCACCAAAGUCGUUGCAAAAAGAGUAGUGUCAUCAAAUAGGGAAACUACAUGUGGAGGUAUUGUAUUGUAUUAGAGUGUGCGAGUACACUUGUGUGUGUAUUGUCA